CAUAUACAUACGUUCAUAUCCAAGCAAUUGAAGUUUUUUUUACUAUUACUUCAUUAUAAACACAGUUGAAGCGAAUGUACUUAAAUUGGACAGGUUCGUGAGAAAAGGCAAUUCAAUUCGACUGUUUUUCAUCCUAAUUUUGCGAAAGUUACAUCACUGUGAUUGGCUGAGUGCAGGCCAAAUUUUCGUUUAUAUUUAAUUUUUAUUGCAGUGCAAUUUAUGCGCGCGUUCGUAAUUUUCUCAGUCAUGUAACAAAUGGGAAAUUGUAAGAAAGCUCGAACAAUUAACGAUUUACACCCAUGGUCGGCUAUUUGAAAAUUCUUUCAAAUUGCUUUCGCUAAAAGGCCCGUGCAAUUUUGAAAGAAUUUUCAACUAUCACUUGUACUUUAAAUCCUUAAUUACAAUCGCAUUCAUACGAUUGGUUAUACUAAUGGUUUCUAUUCCGGACCUUUAGAGUGCUUUUCGAUGACAACCAAAUAGCGCGUUAUGGCAGAUCAACCACACUGCACGGGUGAGAUAUCGUCUUUUUCGGCUAUAAUCCUGGGAAUUAUCAAUUCAGUUUCUGGACUAGCGGCUGUCUUUGGAAAUCUUAUAGUACUCAUCACCGUUAUCAAGAGCCCGUCACUUCAUCAGCCAUGUUAUUAUCUCCUGACAUCUUUAUCGACCAUCGAUCUCUUCGUCGGCAUUGCAGUGAAUCCUCUUUACAUCAUGUUAACUAACUUUGUUUCAUGGCAAUACAGAGAAGAGCAUCUACUGCAGCUGGAGAGCUUUUUUGCCAUGUCCAGCGCAAUGAUAAUCAUGCACACCUUAAGUGUAAUGAGUAUCGAGCGAUACAUCGCGGUCAUUGACCCUUUGCGCUACUACAGUGUUGUUACAGUAAAGCGAAGCUGCAUCUCAAUCGUAAUCGUCUGGGUAUUUGGCUUCACGCUCAAUUCCUUUUUCUUUGCGCUCUCAAAUGAGGACUUGCCAAAACUUUGGAUUAUCUGCGGAAUGCUCACUGGGCUUUCUCCCACGCUGGUUAUUUUCUUCUGCUAUGGAAAGAUUUUCCUAGCAGCGCGCAGCCAGUCAAGAAGAAUUGCUGUGGCAGAGCGCAAUGUGUCGGCCGUUUCACGAGACGAGGAAGGGGCAGUGACUAACACAGGAACAACUUGUUCAGUGGAGGCCAAACGAACCAAGAAGACAGCUUGGACGGUUGCCAUUGUUGUUGUUGUAGCAAUUGCUCUUUCCAUGCCAGUGAGCGUUGUCAGCGUUUUGCAGAUUGCCACGACUGAUUUGUGUCGUCGCAGGCAGUACAAUCGAGCCUGGAUGUGGGCCGCCACAUUGUCCCUCACAAGCUCAGCAAUGGAUCCGUGGAUCUAUGCAUUGAGAAUUCGGGAGUUCAGGGCUUUUUUCAAACGAGCGCUGUGCAUUUAGUGACAUUUAUUGAGUAAAAAAUGAACUUGAUGACAGCAGCAAAAUAUUAGCCAGGCGAAUGGUAAAAAUAUCAAGCCCGAACAGAAUUUUAAUUCAGAGAAACUGGUUAAAUUCAAUUUCGGGCUUCUUCCUAACAUGCGUACAGGUGUUCGGACGAAGGGCAUAUUAUUGAACACCGCUCAUGUUACAUGAGGCUUCGUCCCUCAGGGUAAACAACAUACGUUUACGUUUAAUUUAAAGUCGCCUUUUUUCAAAUAAUAGGAAAAAAAUACAAACUGUAGCUUGCAACCAAUUCACUAUAAAGAAAGCUAUACGGCAUUAACAACGCUGAAAAAGUAAUUGAUUUUUUUUUUUCCAUUUUACCGGUAACGAUCAAGUCAGUUUAUUGUUAUGCUGAUGUUAGUUUAGACAGAUAUCAUUAAGAAAUGUAAAUGACUAAUGUGAAUAUCAGUCAAUCCAUCAAAUGCAUGAGCUAUAUGUUAGUUUUGUAACGUAUGUAUUCAGUAGUAUAGUGUAUUAAAGUUGGGUUGGAAAGCGAUUUAAUAUUUGUAUUUAAGCAGCGGUUAGUGUAAAUACACCGCUAAAGAUUGUGCUAUGUAUUGAAUAAAAAAAGGAGACGACAAUGGAAAAUAAAAUAAUGGCGGAACUGAAGUUUGGAUGCUUAUUUAACUUUUUUGGAGCAAUGAAGUGGACUUCCAAAAUUUCCGAUCAUGCAAAAAAAAAAUAAAAUUGAUAUGGAGGCAACUGGCAAUGUACAUGCAUACUGUUAGUUUAAGCGCACAUCGUGAUUACUUUGCAAAACAAAACUCUAAAAAAAUUAUUAAAACUGAUAUUAACGAUUUUUGACAUUUAAACAUCCAUUUGUGACUGUCCACCAUCAGUAAUGUAAAUUAAGGCAAAGAAAAGCAUGUCUUUGUGAUAUAUGAAUGC